AUGCCAAGAUAAAGAAAGCGUAGCGUCUUCUUUCCCUUAUCUUCUAUUCCAGAGCUUGAGUGAUAUCUCUGUCCGUCUUAAGAUAAAUGGGGAGCGUGAACGUGUACGGACCAACAUUGUCGACGGCGGUUUCCCGCGUUCUAGCUUGUCUGAUCGAGAAAGAAGUCCAAUUCCAGCUCAUCAAUGUUGACAUGUCAAAAGAACACCACAAGAAGCCCGACUUCCUCAAAAUUCAGCCCUUCGGCCAAGUCCCUGCCUUCCAAGAUGAAAACAUCUUCCUUUUUGAGUCUCGGGCGAUAUGUCGAUACGUUACGGAGAAAUACGCAGAACAGGGGAAUAAGGCCCUGUAUGGGACAAACUUGUUAGAGAGGGCAUCCAUUGAUCAAUGGCUGGAGGCUGAAGGGCAGAGCUUCAACCCACCAAGCUCGACGUUGGUCUUUCAGCUGGCAUUUGCACCUCGAAUGAAGCUGAAGCAGGACCCGGCUGUGAUAGCGCAGAGUGAGGAGAAGCUGGGGAAGGUGCUGGAUGUGUAUGAGAGAAGGCUUGGAGAAAGCAAGUUCCUGGCAGGGGAUGAAUUCACACUUGCUGAUCUUUCUCACCUGCCAAACACACAAUAUCUUGUCCACAACACUGACAGGAGUGAGAUGUUUGCAUCGAGGAAGAAUGUGAGUAGGUGGUGGGAGGAGAUAUCGGGCCGAGCUUCGUGGAAGAAGGUGGUGGAGAUGCAGAAGAACCCGACUCCUGCUUAGCUUCUAUUUCUACCUGCAUUUUGUUUGUUAUGUUUUUAGGUAAAGGUGGUUUUAUUGCUCUGUUUUAUGAUUUUGAAGGAUUUGUGUUUCAAUGGUUAGAUUGAUGCAUUUCAAUUGGUUUUUAUUUCUUGAACUAAAUUGCAUUUUAAAACAUGAUCCUGGUUCCUCUACCAAGUUCUAAUAGCAUAGGAUUGUUCUGCCAGUGAUUCAC